AUGCUUUUGUCCACAGCUUCACUUGCGACGUUGUGCAGGUCCGCAACGUACGCAUCGCGAGGCUUACUGAGGAACCGACGGGGUCUACUAACCCUUGCGAUUGAGACAUCAUGUGAUGAUACAUCGGUGUCUAUCGUCGAAAAUAAUGACGAAAAAUCUUCCGUCAGCAAAGCCAAAAUUCAUUUCCUCGAAAAUAUCACCUCGGAUUCACGAGCGCAUCGCGGCAUUCACCCGAUCCUUGCCCUCGAGUCGCAUCAAGAGAACCUAGCAAGCCUUGUCGACAAGGCUCUGAGAAGCCUACCGGCAUCACAAAAUGACGGAAAUAUCAUAAGUCUCGCAGAUGGGUCCACGCGCCGCCGCCCGGAUUUCAUCUCGGCCACCAGGGGCCCAGGCAUGCGCUCCAACCUAUCAGUCGGACUAGACACGGGGAAAGCUCUCUCGGUUGCUUGGCAGAUCCCCAUGGUGGGUGUCCACCAUAUGCAGGCACAUUUGUUGACCCCAAGGCUGGUGUCAUGUUUGGAGGAAGGCGAUGACGCGCGUGUCAUGUCCCCUCAGUUCCCAUUCUUAUCCAUUUUAGUUUCGGGAGGCCAUUCGAUUCUGGUUCACUCCAAGUCUUUGACGGAUCAUAAGAUCAUGGCCUCAAGCGAAGACAUUGCGAUCGGAGAAACACUUGACAAGGCUGCACGAGAGAUUUUGCCUCCAUCUUUAUUACAGGAGGCACAGACUACGAUGUACGGCAAGACCCUCGAGCAAUUCGUCUUCCCGAACGGCAAGGCCGAUUUCGCUAAUUAUCGGCCUCCGAUGAAUCGGGGAGAGGAAGUGGUCAAACGGCAGAGCCAGUGGGGUUGGAGCCUGACUACCCCGUUUGCUAAUACUCGAGCGCUGCAGCUGAGCUUCUCGUCUGUGUCCAGCAUGGUCAACAAGAUUGUCAAGGACAAGAACGGGACCUUGUCUGAGAAGGAGCGAGUCGAUCUGGGCCGAGAAACAAUGCGCGUAUCGUUUGAGCAUCUUGCAUCUCGAACUAUUAUCGCCCUCGAGGCUCUCCGUUUACGAAAUACCGGUGAUGACGAGAUCAAGACUCUUGUUGUCAGCGGCGGUGUCGCUGCCAACAAAUUCCUCAUGGCGGUGCUCCGGUCAUUCCUGGAUGUGCGUGGGUUUGAACACAUCCGCAUCGUUGCGCCACCCGUGUAUCUGUGCACCGACAAUGCGGCCAUGAUUGGAUGGGCAGGUAUUGAGAUGUUUGAAGCCGGCUGGCGGACCGAUCUGAGCUGUCGCGCUCUUCGCAAAUGGACUCUUGAUCCUCAAGCCGAUGAUGGCGGGAUCUUGGGGCCCAGUGGCUGGAUUUCCAGCGGCACAGCUCUCUAA